AUGAUAGCCAUCGGUUUACAGAUGCGCGUUAUUCGAGCCUUCCAAUCGAAUGCAUAUACUGCGCACCCGACCUCGCUGACAACUUCUACUGCAGAACGUCUUCGUGCCAGUUAUCGUAGGCUACAACUUGCACGGGAAAGAGAAGAACAAAUAAGGAUACAUUCCACGAGACCCGGUGAAGAAAUUCGGAUAGAAAAUAUGCCAAAGGACAGAGCGGUCAUCGGAUUCGUCUGA